AUGCGCUCGAUUCAUGAAAUAGGGAAGGGUGGUGAGUCACGUGCAAAAGAGCGGGGGAUCUGGGGACCUCUUUCCGACAUCCAGCUGGCAAUAGGGGUGGCUCACCAACAUCCACACAAGCACAUCCUCGACCGCAGUUUGAUUUGUCUCAAUGAGCUGGAUAGGUUCUCAAUAUUGUUGAUGGGCCUAGACUGUCACAGAAUAUUAGAGAGCAAUCACAAAGAAAGGCCAGUUGCUAAAUUGUACGGGUGUGACUAUGAGCAUCAUAAUUCCUUAUUAUCCUCGCACCAUUUCAAAGCCAUCGCCUUGCACGAUUGGAAAAACGUGGUUAAUGAUCGUUGCGUUGGGAAGAGGCACCGACGCAUGGGCGAAGGCGUGUGGUUAGGCUUGAAGUGA